AUGUUCAGGGACAAGCUCAUGAACGAGGUCAAGCCCCACGCGGUGCUCAAGCUCACCGACGUGUCCUACGACAAGACCCGCGCGGUGGUGAACAAGUUCGAGAUCGUCGGGUCCCUCCCGGAGGAGUACGUGAAGGCCAUGGACCCGGUCACGCCGGCGCCCGUCAAGAAGGAGGCGGCUGCGAUGCCCACCUCCUCGGGCAAGAAGCAUCUCGCAAUCAACGCGUUGAACCCCUACAUGGGCACGUGGACCGUCAAGGCGAAGCUCGCGGUGAAGGGCAACAUCCGAACCUUCCGAAACGCCCGAGGCGAGUCGUCGGUGUGCACUCUGGAGUUUUGCGACGCGGAGGGCACCGCCAUCCAGGCGACUCUCUGGAAGGACGCCAUCGCCAAGUACGAUUCCAUCCUCGAGGUUGGCAAGGUGUACUACGUCUCGAAGGGCAGCCUCCGACCGGCGAACAAGAAGUACAGCAGCGUCAACAACGAGUACGAGAUGUCCCUCGACGGCCGCUGCGAGAUUGAGCUCUGCGCGGACGGCGACGCGGACGUCGACAAGAUGCAGCGCGCCUACGACCUCUGCAAGAUUGACCAGCUCGCCCGCAAGAUCGGCGGCCGCGGCACCGUCGACAUCCUCGCCGUGGUCACCGCCGUUGGAGACCUCGGCUCGAUCAAGCGCAAGUCCGACGGAGGCGAGCUCCAGCGCCGCGACCUCACCCUCCUCGACGAGACCAAGCGCACCGUCACGUGCACCCUGUGGAACUCCCUCGCCGUGGAGCAGGGCGAAUCGCUCAAGAACAUGGUGGCGCCCGUCGUCGCCAUCCGCGGCGUCCGCGUGUCUGACUACAACGGCGUCUCCGUCUCGACCCUCGCGAGGUCCGAGCUCGUGCUCGAACCCGCAUCCGCCGACAUCGCCACCAAGACGGCCGCGCUUCGCGCCUGGUACGACGCGGACGGCGCCACCGCGGAGACGGUCGCCGCGGGCGAGGGCCUCGCGUCGGCUCGUCGCGCAGGUGACGGGUCGGGCAGAUCGCUCACGGAGCGCACCACGUUCAACGCGCUCCAGCCCGCGAUCGUCCCGGCCGCGACCGAGCCCCCGGCCAUCGGCGUCGUCGGCCACUCCACCAUCGUCCUGAUCAAGCCCGACCAGGCGAUGUACUACGCCUCCAACCCCGAGGAGGGCAACAACAAGAAGGUGGUGCCCACGGCGGAGGGCAAGUGGGAGGAUCCCGCCACCGGGAAGGUGUACGACGAGUGCGCGUAUCGGUACAUCGUUCGCAUGAAGAUGAGCGACGCGUCCGGCGGCGGAUGGAUCAACGUCUUCCACGAGCAGGCGGUCGAGAUGCUCGGCAUCGGCGCCGGCGAGCUUCACGAGCUCAAGACGAACAACCCCGCCGCGUACGAGCGCAAGAUCAAAGCCGCGCAGUUCUCAUCCUGGAACGUCAUGGUGAAGGCCAAGACCGAGGAGUACCAGGGCGAGAGCCGCCGCAGGCUGACCGUGAUGAAGUGCCAGAAGCCGGAUUACGCGGCGGAGAGCAGGAACCUGCUCAAGCUCAUGGGCAUCGCGCAGCCCGUCGCAUAAACGGCGGCGCGGAGAGAAGUUUGAAGCGAUUCAAGCGGGCGGAACGGAACGCGCGGGUGGGGACGUUUCGUGUGUUUCGGGCAGGUGGCGCGCCGCGUUUGAGACGCGGGCGGCUGGGACGGGAGCCCGGAGCUGAGGAGGUUCGAUGGGAGAGUCGAGGCGAGGAUCGAGGAGGUCUUUCUAUCAUC